AUGUCUACACUCAAUCUCACCCGGGUCCACGCGAGCGGCCCUCGGAUGGUCCUCAGGCGCUCAGGAGCGCGCACACUCUUCAGCUCGCCCGCCGUGGGCAAACAGCGGCUCGUCAUCCUCGGGUCAGGAUGGGGAGGCUACGAGGUGCUGCGGGCGAUAGAUAAAAAGCGAUGGAACGUGAUCAUCCUCUCUCCGACUAACUACUUCAACUUUACUCCUCUCCUCGCCAGUUGUUCCGUCGGUACCCUCGAGUUUCGUUCUGCGAUUGAACCGGUUCGAAGGUAUACUCCCGAAGUGAGAGCAUACACAGCAUGGUGCGACUCCAUCGACUUCAGGCACAAAAAGCUGCUAUGCAUGCCGGCAACAAAACCACCGUAUUUCGCUGACUCCAAGUCUCCAGUCCCAGCGGGGCAGGCAGCGGAUCCGAUCGGGCCCGCAAACCCCGUGCCCGGUGACUCUCAGAGAUUCGAGCUCACGUACGACAAGCUGGUCAUCGCUGUAGGCGCAUACAGUCAAACAUUCAAUGUCCCUGGCGUGAAAGAACACGCGCAUUUCCUCAAGGACAUCCUCGACGCUCGCAGGAUACGAGCUCGGAUUCUAGAAUGCUUCGAGCAAGCGAACCAGCCCACGAUCACGGACGCGGACAGGCGCAAGCUCCUGAACUUCUGUGUCGUCGGCGGCGGCCCGACGGGCGUCGAGUUCGCCGCGGAGCUGCAUGAUCUGCUGCACACGGACAUGUCGCGCCAUUACCCGCAGCUCGCGCGCAUGGCACGGAUCAACCUGUACGACGUCGCGCCGACGAUCCUGGGCGGCUUCGACGAGGGUCUGCAGAAAUACGCGGAAUCCAAGUUCAGGCGAGAAGGCAUCAGGCUCUUGACGCAGCAUCACGUCGAGCGCGUGGAAGAGGGUCGUAUGUUCGUGACGGAGGAGGGAGAAGUGCACUUUGGUCUGCUGGUGUGGAGCACGGGCCUCGCGCCCAACCCGCUCAUCCAGUCCAUCACAGAAGCGAAGAAAGACGAGCGGACGAAGCGGAGCCUGAUAACGGACGAGCACCUCAACGUGGUCAUGAAGGACACAAACGCGCCCGACCCGGACGUCUUCGCGAUCGGGGACGCGGCGACGAUUGGAGAUGAGCCCCCCCUCCCCGCCACAGCGCAGGUCGCGAACCAGCAGGCGAAGUACAUCACGAAAAGGCUCAACAAGCUCAUCAAGAGCUCGACGGGUGUGCUCGGCGCGGACGAGAAGCCAUUCAAGUUCCAGAACGCGGGCAGCCUCGCGUACGUCGGCGACUGGGAGGCCAUCUUCGACAGGACGCGGGCGGCGUCGGGCCCGAAGAACAAGGAGACGGGGCGCGUUGCGUGGCUGCUGUGGCGCUCGGCGUACUUCACGAAGACGCUGAGCGUGCGGAACAAGAUAUUGGUGCCGGUCUAUUGGUUCCUCAACUGGAUCUUUGGUCGGGAUCUCAGCCGGUUCUGA